AUGACAACCCAUCCGGAAGAAAUGAUGACAGUGCCAGAAAUAAUCCGAUAUUGGGGAUAUCCAGUAGAAGUGCACAAAGCUGUUACUGCUGAUGGCUACAUAGUGACUAUGCAUCGGAUACCUUAUGGGAGAAGUACAUAUCAAAAUUACUGCGGUAUAAGCUUGAAAGAUAAGCAAUGUCAACCAUUUCCAGGUACAGGGUGCUUAGAAGGGAGACGACCAGUGAUUUUUCUCCAACAUGGUUUGCUUUGCUCAAGCGCACACUGGGUGCUGAAUUUUCCUCAUCAGUCUGCUGGCUUCUUCUUUGCUGAUCAAGGCUUUGAUGUAUGGAUGGGUAAUUUUCGAGGUAACGUCUACUCUAAAGAGCACGUUCGACUCAGCUGCUUGUCGCCCGAGUUUUGGCAGUUCAGAAAUAGCGAAAUUAUUUUGUUGAAAGCGCGCAUGUCUAUAGAACGAUCGUAG